UAAAGAGAUACUAUCUCCAUCUUUUAGACUUAAUUAAUAUUGUCUUUUUCUUUGUACCGAAAAUGUUAAAAAAAAAAUGAUAGUAAUAAGGAUAGAUUCCAGAGAGAAAGUGAUGAGUUGUUAUAGUGACUGAAGCAGAAGUAUUUCUAUAUUUAUGUAGUUCAUUUCUCCUCUGUUUCUUCAAAAUCAAAUUUCAUCUCUGUUUCUUGAUUUUUAGGCUCGAACUAACAGAAUCAAAGAUGGAAUCAUCUCAAGAAAGAUGCUGUCUUUCUCAAAAAGACCAUGAUGAAGAUCAAAAUCCCAUGUUGUUGGCAAGUUUUCCUCAAGAAAUCAUACUGGAAAUACUCCUAAGGCUUCCCGUAAGAUCACUCUCCAGAUUCAGGUGCGUUUCGAAACAAUGGUGUUCAUUGACUUCGAGUUCUAAGUUUAUGAAAUCCCAUCUCGAGAAAUCAAAUGAGCAUGAAAGGGAUGAUAAUUAUACCAAUCGUAGCCUUCUUUUGGUAUCAAUGGAUGGCUUUGAAAUCAAGACGAAAUCCUGUUUUCUUCACUCUGUUUUACACAAUAACUCCCCUGUGAAAAUGCUUGAUGUUGAGCCUCCGAAAAGGGCCAUUUACCCUUCAUUAUACCUUUUGGGUAGCUGCAAUGGGAUUUUUGGUGUUCUUGAGGGUUACCAUGAUGUUAUCCUAUGGAAUCCUGCAAUCAAACACUUGAAGAAACUCCCUAAUUCGGGUACAAAUUUUCGGAGGUAUAAGAUUUUUACCUAUGGGUUUGGUUAUGAUGAGUUAAACGAUGAUUACAAAGUAGUUGAAAUUUGCUGCUAUGCUCGUCUUGGGAUUAACCGUGAGACCAUAAUAAAUGUGUACAGUUUAAGGUCUAAUUCUUGGAGAAGGAUUAAGGACUAUGAAGGAGGAAUGAUAUCGUGUUCUCCGGGCGUGUUUUUUAAUGGAGUUCUCCAUUGGGUAGCUGUUCAUAAAGAGGGUAUGAAACGAGCUUAUAGUAUUUUGUCACUCAAUGUAUCCUCCGAGACACACGAAACAAGGCUAAUGCAGCCUCAGUAUGAUGAAAAAGAUGGCGUUUUUUAUCUGACCAUCGGGGUUCUAAAAGGCCGUCUAUGCCUGUUUUGCAGAUACUAUGAACAGAAAACGGAUGUGUGGAUGAUGAAUGCGUACGGAAACAAGGAAUCUUGGUCUAAGUUUGCUUCAAUACCGUACUCCCUGAAUAAUUUAGGUCACAUUUCGCCAUUGUCUGUGUCGAGAUCUGGUGAGAUCUUACUGCAAUAUGGUCGUUCAUUGAUGCUGUACAAUAAGGCAGAUGAUAAGUUCAUUGAAACUGAGGUCAAAAUGGAUGAUCCAACCUCCCUAAAAGAAGCUGCUACUUAUACUGAGAGCUUAGUUUCACCCCACCUCUAUGAUGUGAGGGACUAAUACUGCAAGUAUUUUAGGUAUCAUCCAGCUUUAUGAAAAUCUGCUGUUUUUUUUUUUUUUUGGUUUUAACUUGGUUAGAAUCUUUUGCUGCCUUUUAUGGGUGGUGAUUAUUUUUCUCCUGUUAUUGUUGCAGUCUCUUCUUAUAAGAUCUCAUAAAUCUUGAGCUUUGAUAUUCAGGAAAUGAAUGUAGCAACUUAUUACUGAAAAUGCAGUGAUUGGUAUAUAGUUUAUAGCUGUAUGGAAUUACUACAGAUGGGAAUGCAAAAGAAAGG